AUGUGCACACAGCUAAACAUCCAUAGAAAACUCCAGGAUGUGCACACAGCUAAACAUCCAUGGGGACAGGUCGCAUCUCCAGGGUUCCCCCAGAACUUCAUAUACAGCCACGCUGCACGACCACUACACCAGCGAAGUCAAUCGCCGAUGCUCACAUUCACAACUGCAACAUUAAGAAUUGUCAACCGAGGUGAUUCGUUCCGGCGCCGGCGGUCAAGAUCUGGCAGUUUAGUCCCAGCAUCACCAGCUCAGUCAGCCCCAGAAAACCAAGAGCGGCGACCUGUUGCCUGCCACAGAGUGGCGAUGGUGGGAGCGCCUGGAGUGGGGAAAACGGCGCUCAUAAGCCAGUUUCAGACUAGCGAAUGCAUAAACGCUUACGACAGACAAAGAGAUGCGGACGGCACUGAGCAAAAAGUAUCGAUACUACUCAAUGGGGAAGAAUCGGAGUUAUACUUUGUAAAUUGCACUACAACAAGGGAGGAAAUCGACAGGUGCGAGCCCCCAGAUGCCUUCGUUAUAAUCUAUUCAGUAGUCGACAAAGCCUCUUUUCAAAAGGCAGAACAGGAACUGGCGAGGCUUAUGGACUUCGACAUGCUUAGGUCCAGACCAGCUGUGCUAGUAGGAAAUAAGAUUGACCUGGCCAGGAGUCGUGCAGUGUCAACACAAGACGGAAAGUGCCUCGCCUGCACUUACAAGGCGAAAUUCAUUGAAGUCUCCGUCGGCAUCAACCAUAACGUAGACGAGUUGUUAGUCGGCAUUCUCAAUCAGAUACGAUUGAAAAAGCAGCAGUUCUCAGCCGAGGGCGGCAGAGAAUCCUCGCCCGCCCAUUGGUACAAGUCCCGAGGCGUUGUCCGGGCUAGUAUGAAAGCUAGACAAAUGCUGACUUGGAUCUUCGGCAAAGAAGACUCGAAGUUCAAAAACUGUGAGAACUUACACGUUCUGUGA